UUAUUCUGCUCCGGCGGCGUGACGUCACAGGGCUGCGCCGCGCUCCCGCAUCUGUUGUGAUUCGCCUCAAGAAAGGACAGAAUACACAGAAAAUCUCCUGCUGAAGCGACUGAGGUCCUCGUGACUCACUGUUAUAAAGAUGGCGUUUAUUAAAGAGGAGAGUGAAGACUUCAGGAUUGAAGAAGUAUUCAGUCUGAAACAAGUUACUGAGGAACAAACAGACCUGCUGGUGCUGAAAGAGGAGAAUAAAGAUCCAAAUGAAAUGGAACAGACAGAUCAGUAUAAAAAAUGCCAUGAUUCCAUAAAUGGUGAAAAAGCCACAACGACUAAAACGACUUCUGUACGAAAAAGAGCUCAGAAAACCAAACGUAACCGCCGUUUCACCUGCCAUCAUUGUGGGAGAAAUUUCGGUGAAAAUGAAAAACUUAAAAUGCACGUGAGAGUUCAUACUGGAGAGAGGCCGUUUCCCUGUCAACAGUGUGGAAAGAGCUUCACUCAACAAGGAGCCCUUAAAAGGCACAUGAGAACUCACACGGGAGAGAAACCUUACACCUGCCAACAGUGUGGAAACGGUUUCACUCAAAAAGGACACCUUAAAAAUCACGUGAGAACUCACUCAGGAGAGAAGCCAUUCACCUGCCAACAGUGUGGAAGUUGUUUCACUCAAAAAGUUCACCUUCAAGGUCACAUGAGAACUCACUCAGGAGAGAAGCCUUACACCUGUCAACAGUGUGGAAAGCGUUUUACACAGAAAGGCACCCUUCAUUCCCACAUGAUUAUUCACACUGGAGAGAAGCCUUAUACAUGCGAACAGUGUGGAAAGAGUUUCCCUGCAAAACAAAGUGGAAAGAGUUUCACUCAAAAAUCAAACCUUCAAAAUCACAUGAGAACUCACUCGGGAGAGAAACCAUUCACCUGCCAACAGUGUGCAAAUGUUUUCAAUCGAAAAACAAACCUUCUAAGACACAUGAGAACUCACUCGGGAGAGAAACCUUACACUUGCCAUCAGUGUGGAAAGUGCUUUACACAGAAAAACAGCCUUCAAUCUCACAUGAACAUUCACACUGGAGCGAAGCCUUAUACAUGCGAACAGUGUGGAAAGAGUUUCCCUGCAAAACAAAGCCUUAAAGGACACAUGAGAGUUCACACCGGAGAGAAGCCUUACUCUUGCGAGUAUUGUGGGAAGAGUUUCACACAUAUAUACACCCGUAAUUACCACAUGAGAAUUCACACUGGAAAGCAGCUGUUCACAUGUGAUCGUUGUGGAAAGAGUCUCGCAACAGAAUUUAGCCUUAAGUGUCACAAGAUCAGGCACACUGGAAAGAAACCCUUCAAAUGUGAUCAGUGUGGAAGGCGUUUCAUUCGUAAGAUAAGCCUUAAGUACCACAUGAAGACUCAUUCAGCAGAGAAAUGCUGUAAAUGUGCUCAGUGUGGAAAGAGUUUCAGUCAUAAAGCUAGCCUCAAUGCUCACAUGAGUAAGGAACACACUCGAGAGAAGCCUAUGGGAAGAGCUUCUCACAAAUAGAAAAUCUUAAGAUUCACAUGAAAUAUGUGUGGAAUCAUUUUUAUAUGCCAUCAUUGUGCAAAGUGUUUCACA